AUUAAUUGAAUAAAAACGUCAUGGACGCCAUCAGAGAGUUUGACAUUCGCUUGGAGAGAGAAAUGUACUACGCAGGAGAGAUCUUGCAAGGCCACGUUGUUCUUGACACCAUCGAAAGCUUCAAAGUAAGAGCAAUUCGUGUGAUACUUCGUGGCAAGGCGCACGCCGAGUGGAAGGUGAUGGUGUCGGGCGACAGGCGCACCGUCAAAGACGACCAAUAUUUCAUCGACGACAGGAGCGUCAUCUGGGGGAAAGGAGAUUCCAGCGCGCUGGCUUUUGCACCACAAGGCGGUAAAUUCAUGCUGUUGCUGGCGAUGUUUGGGAAGGUGACCGUUGACAUGCCGUACGCAUCGCCCCCGCAAGGCAUGAAAUAUUUCACAAUCAUCGGACCUCACAUCGACUGCAUGGAUGAGCAAUAUUUGAAGCCGAUGUGCGGGGAGGAUAAAAGAUCGAUGUGUUGUCUGUGUUGCGCCCGCGGUCCCGUGACGCUACGGACGCAACUCGAGCGCACCGCUUACGUCUGCGGCGAGAGCAUCAAACUCAAGGCUGAGAUCGACAACCAGAGCGAGGAAGACGCGACCUUAAAGAUUAAAUUAGUUCAGUACGUGGAAUACUACCUGGAGCGCGGGGUGCUGGGGGUGACGAAGGACUCCCAGCACGCGGUACUGGAGUUCACAGGAGACCCUGUAGCGACAGGCGGCAGAUGGAAGUUCGACAGCUCGCAGUGCCUUGUUGUGCCUGUGAACAUCGAACAGAACGUGUGCUGCGACCACGUGGAAGGCGGCAUGUACAUCGGACCAGAGUUCCAGUUGGGCCAAGUAUACGACGGCGGUGGCGAUGGCACAGCCGGAGAACCUGUCCUUCUUUAUAGACCAGUUUACGUGUGCAUCCCGAACGUAAUCACGACCACACCCUCAGCCAAGUCCAGGAAGAUGAUUUUCGAUAACAGUUCCAGAUCUGCCAGUCGCUCCGGCAGCGUCUUGAAUAAAAUGGGGAGCUCUUCGGCUGGACUGCAGUCUAACUUUUCCAAAGGACCUUCGGGAUCGGCGGAAGGAGAACGAGCGGGAUCCCGGGAAAAAUCCACCGAAAGAAAGGCUGGGUCUGGUCUGAAAAAAGACAGCGAGGCUACUGAUGUUAUUGAUGUCAAAUUAGAAGAAAAAAUUGGAAGGAAUUUAUCAACGAAAAGUCUCAAAGAUUCCCACAGUCGGAAUUCUUUCUAAACCUUGCUAGUGUGCCUGGCCAUCAGAAUUAAAUGGUUAAGUGUUCGGGUUUUCACGAGUUGGAAAGUUUGCAUCAUUCAUCUAAACGAAGAAGUAAAGAAAGUUUUAAACUGCAAAAGAAAAUUCUACUUUAAGUGAAGGUCGGAUAGCAUUAAAUACGAAUAUGUAGAUGUUCUGUCAUUAGAUUAGUUAAUCAUUUGCUGCUUGUGAAAAGAAAUGAGAUGAACUUUUUAGAUAAAUUGAAAACGAUGCUGUUAUCUGCAGAAAAAUAUGUAGAUUUGUUACCCAGUUGACGAAAAAAUGUAUUUUUAUCGUAGCUUCACCGCUAGGAAAUUUACAUAGAAUAAGGAUGUAUGUUUAUAAUAAAAACGAACAGCUCUGCGUUCUACAGUGCGCGCAUCCGUUGGAAAUACAACGUGUCUAAUUUAUGGGAACUUGAUACAUGAUGUAGCUAAGAAGUGACUUAACUGUGGCUCUAGGCUGACCUGAUUAGAAAAUUAAUGAACCGCUUAAUAGUUACCGGUAUAAAAUUUUGUGAUGUAUUUUAUGGACCUUUUUUGCCAUAUAAAUUUAUUGACAUUUUUAGAGUUAUCCCAACUACAGGGAAGAUUUCUUGGAGAUAUGCGCAUUACUAGCUCGAAAUUUCAGAGAUCAUUCUUUUAUUGUUUUAUCAACCAUUUAGAUCGAUUAGCUAGACUUGUGCAUUUUUUGGUGAAAAAAAAAUAUUUUUAGUUUUAAUAAAAAUCUAUAAUAACAAUGCGCGUUCCGAUAUUAAAAGAAUAUUUCCUGCAAUCAUCAGUCUGGUCCAUAAUUUAAUAGAUAGUGUAAUAACCGUUAAAUAUAAUUCAACAAAUCAAAAUGAAUUCAUUUUUUGAUAUCUUGACUAUCGUGUGCGUCUUCACCAU